UCCUCACCUGGACCAACAUGCCCUUCAUGUCCCUCUCACAACUACAUAGGUAGCUAGACUCUGGAGUCGUAUGCAAUUCCUUGCUUUGCUUUUUGUAACUCAGUUCUCCUUCGAUGAUGUUGACUUGGUGUUGACCUUCCUCGACUUUUGCCGCGCGCGUCACGCGUCAAGUCUGGGCCUUGGUGGCGGUAGGUGGGUUUCUUUUGGAAUGGCCCUGUCUUUGCUCACCGUAGGCCUGGCGGUCGUGAACCUUUGUGGUCGGAGGUGGUGGUGGUGGUGAAGGCUAUGCGAGUAUUUCUGUCCUCGACACUGCUCCCUCGCGAAAGUUCCAGCUGGAAAACCGGCAUACAUUGUACAGCCAGUACAUGGCCGCCGUGCACAUGGGUACGUCUCCAUUGCUCUGUUCAUGAACUCUUGC